AUGCACUCCACCAUUUUAAUAAUCUUCUUCUUCUUUUUCUUCUUGUUAACCUCAACCUCAUUGAUUGUUUCGGCAGAGAACGUCAGUUUCGAAUUCUCUUCUUUCACACUCCGAAACAUAACCCUCGUCGGAGAUUCCUACCUCAGGAACGGACUCGUCGGACUCACACGCGCCACCGACGUCCCCACCACCUCCUCCGGCGCCCUCCUCUACGACCACCCUAUCCCUCUCUUCGACCCACCCACCAACACCACCUCCUCCUUCUCCACUACCUUCUCAUUCUCCAUCACCAACCUCAACCCUUCCUCCUUCGGCGACGGCAUCGCCUUCUUCCUCUCCCCUUCCAACACCACCGCUUCCGCCACCGUCUCCCCCGCCGGUCGCCUCGGUCUUCCAACCUCCACGCGCUUCCUCGCCGUCGAAUUCGACACGCGCGAUGAUUCCGCCUUCCACGACCCUAACCAGAACCACGUCGGCUUCAACUUCAACUCUUUGAACUCCAUAGCCACCGUUGACCCUAUAACCCACGGCAUUGACCUUAAAUCCGGCAACACAAUAACGUCUUGGAUCGAUUACAGCACUGAAAAAGAAACCUUAACGGUUUUCUUGAGCUAUUCUUCUUCUUCCAAACCCUCCAGCCCUGUUCUCACAGUGCGCAACGUCGAUCUCUCCAAGCUCUUGAAAGAAGAAAGGGUUUACGUUGGAUUCUCAGGCUCCACCAGUGGAAGCACCGAGGUUCACUUGAUCGAGCGUUGGAGCUUCAAGAGCUUCGGUUUCGUCCCUAAAAGACAGAACUUGAACCCUCACAAUGUUUCUGAUAACACCGUUGGAGUAACGGGAAAUGGUGCCACUGUUAAUUUUCCACCUGCUACAACUUCUUCUUCUAAUGACGGUAUAGGUGAUGAUGAUGAUGAUGACGACGAUGAUGUUGAUGGAGAUAGAAAGAACAAGAACAAGAGGAGGAAAAUUGGUAUUGCUGUUGCGGUUGCGGGUCCUGCGUUUUUCUUUGUUCUGUUCUCGAUUUUGGUGUUCUUUGCGGUUCGAAAAUGGAAGGGUAUAAAGAGAGGUGGUAACAACAAUAAUUCUAAGAGCAACAGUGUCACAAGUUUUAAGGCUGAAUCAUUUGUUACGUGUCCAAGGCAAUUUGAUUACAAGGAUCUGAAAACUGCAACGAGAGAGUUUCAUCCAAGCAGAAUCAUUGGUCAUGGCUCUUUUGGGACUGUAUACAAAGCUUUCUUUGUGUCUUCUGGUACCAUUGCUGCUGUUAAGAGAUCAAGGCAUUCUCAUGAAGGGAAAACUGAGUUCCUUGCUGAGUUGUCAAUCAUUGCUGGUUUGAGGCACAAGAACUUGGUUCAGCUCCAAGGUUGGUGUGUUGAGAAAGGUGAGUUGCUUCUUGUGUAUGAUUUCAUGCCUAAUGGAAGCUUGGACAAGAUGCUAUACAAGGAACCUGAGAGGGGAAGGUUGUUGAAUUGGUCUCAUAGGGUGAACAUUGCUGUUGGUUUGGCUUCUGUUCUUGUUUACCUUCACCAAGAAUGUGAACAAAGGGUGAUUCAUAGGGAUAUCAAAACUGGCAACAUUUUGCUUGAUGGGAAUUUCAAUCCAAGGUUGGGUGAUUUUGGUUUGGCAAAGCUUAUGGAUCAUGACAAGAGUCCUGUUUCUACUUUGACUGCUGGAACAAUGGGGUACCUUGCACCUGAGUAUCUUCAAUAUGGUAAAGCGACCGAUAAGACUGAUGUGUUUAGCUAUGGAGUGGUGAUUCUUGAGGUGGCUUGUGGGAAGAGGCCAAUUGAGAGGGAAGGGCAAAAGAUGAUGAAUUUGGUGGAUUGGGUUUGGGGGUUGCAUUCUGAAGGGAAGGUUAUUGAUGCUGCAGAUAAGAGGCUUAAUGGUGAGUUUGUUGAGGAAGAGAUGAGGAAGCUUUUGCUUUUGGGGUUGUGUUGUGCUAACCCAGAUAGUGCUGAGAGGCCUUCAAUGAGGAAGGUGCUUCAGAUUCUCAACAAUGAAGCUGCACCAAUUAGUGUUCCUAAAGUGAAGCCAAGUUUAACUUUCUCUUCUGAUUUGCCAUGCACAAUUGAUGACAUUGUUUCUGAUACUGAAGAGUUCAACACCAGCCAGAGCAUGUGUGAGAUCAAGAUUGAUUCAUCAUCAAGUUGCUGAAUUUAUAAUAAUUCCAAUUUGAUUCUUUAAUUCCUUUUUUUCUUUUGCCCUUUAAUUCUUUGUGUAAUGUUGCUGUUCCAUAAGUCUGAAUAUGAUGUGCAAGAAAAGUUGAUGUCGUCAUGGUUCAUUGAAUGAAGUUCAAAGCUAAUCCAUUGAACUUCAUUGAUUUCAUGCUUUAUAUGUUCAAGGCACAUAAGCUUAGGUAGUAUAGUGUACACUUAAACUAAUUUUUGUAUGCAAAUUCCUUUUAAGUGUACAAAAUCAAACCGUAAAGACCAUUAUUAUGUAUGCUUUCUUUUGA